UGUCACUCUGGGCCAAAGUUUGCGUUUGACGUGUGCGACGAGUAAGAAUUUCCGCGCAUGCGCGUGUAAAGUAUACGUCAGCUUUUUGCCCUCUUCUAAAGCCUCGUCGCUACGUGGCUGUUUCUCUAACGACGCUCCUCAUUAAGCAAGGGAACAUCAACAUCAACAUGGACCAAGUCAUGCAGUUUGUUGAGCCGAGCAGGCAGUUCGUCAAGGACUCCAUCAGGCUUGUCAAGAGAUGCACGAAACCCGACAGAAAAGAAUUCCAGAAAAUCGCAAUGGCCACAGCAAUUGGAUUCGCCAUCAUGGGAUUCAUCGGUUUCUUCGUUAAGCUGAUCCACAUCCCCAUUAACAACAUCAUUGUCGGUGGUUAAAAUCCAACUAAGCAAGAAGACAAACGUCAGCAUCCGGCAUUAGAAGACCGACAUGCAACAUUCUAAAGGGGGGAUUGAAGGGGUGACAUUUUUUGACAUUCUGUAAUUAACAUUUCUAUUUUGCUGUGUAAAUAAAAAGCAAAAACAAACAAUAGGAACCCAA